AUGCACGCACGUUGGUCGUGCCAGUUGGAGGAGAAGCCGCGUCCGAGUCCGAGUCCGCCUCUGCCUCUGCCCCCGCUCUGCUCGUCGCCGCCGAAUCUGGGCCCAUCGCUAUCGUCGCCCAUCGCACGGCUCUCGCUCGCCCCGGUCCUCACGCCCGCAGGCCCAAGCAGGAGCCGCACGUUCUCCCAGUUUGCCUCCUCCGCCUACGCUCCCCGGGGAUCGAUCUGCGAGCCCAUCAGCGAGGAGGCCCCAACCCUCUCCACCCCCAAUCCGGACGACGGCCCAGUACAUAAACGUCAUCACCGUCCCCGUGCUCCUCCCGCCAGGACCCUCUCCGCACCUCAGCUCAUCUCCACCACUACCACCCAGCCGUUCCACAUAAACCCCAGUACAACGAUGGCCACCGAUUCCCUCAUGCCCCGAAGCGACUCCUUCAACGCCCGCGUCCGUGGCGCCAGUCACAUUGACUUCAAAACGGCGACCACUGGGGUUGCUGCAAAGGCCAUGCGUAACGAGAUCAGCAAUCUCGUCAAGUCUGUUCAGGAUCUCGAUACCAAACGCUCUUUCGAUAUCGAGAUGCAAUCUUUCUUCUAUCUCUUCACGCGAUACUUGUCUGAACGCGCAAGGAGCCAGGAACUCGUAUGGGACAAGAUCAAGUCUCCCGCAGACGACCAGAUCGUGCCCUAUGCGCGGCUUUCCGAAGGGUCGUCGUCCAACUUGAGCACACUCGCAGUCCUCAAAGUCAACGGCGGUCUUGGUACUUCCAUGGGGAUGACUGGUGCAAAGUCUGCGCUCGAAGUCAAGGAUGACAUGACCUUCCUUGACCUUACCGUGCGCCAAAUUGAGCACUUGAACACAACAAACAGGGUCGACGUCCCGCUUAUCCUUAUGACCUCCUUCAACACCCACGACGACACCCUCCGUAUUAUCAAGAAGUAUGCAAACCAGCAGCUCCGCAUCACCACAUUUAACCAGAGCCGAUACCCCCGCAUCUUCAAAGAGACGCUCCUCCCGUGCCCCAAGACUGCUGAUGAUGACAAGAAGCACUGGUAUCCUCCAGGGCACGGUGACUUGUACAACGCACUGUACCAGAGUGGUGUACUUGAUCAACUGCUCUCCGAGGGCAAGGAAUAUCUUUUCGUGUCCAACUCAGAUAACUUGGGUGCGGUCGUCGACGAGAAGAUCUUGCAGCACAUGAUUGAAUCUCAAGCAGAAUUCCUCAUGGAGGUCACUGACAAGACAAAAGCGGAUAUCAAGGGUGGAACGCUCAUUGAUUAUGAGGGGUCCAUCCGCUUGCUGGAGGUUGCUCAAGUAGCGUCAGAACACGUUGAAGAUUUCAAGUCCGUACGGAAAUUCAAGAUCUUCAACACCAAUAACUUGUGGAUUAACCUCAAGGCGCUGAAACGAAUCAUGGAGAACGGCGAGAUGGAGCUGGAUAUCAUCGUCAAUCCCAAGACCACAGAGGAUGGGCAAGCAAUCAUCCAGCUUGAAACCGCUGCUGGUGCAGCGAUCAAGCACUUCCGUAAUGCACACGGUGUGAACGUGCCGCGGUCCCGAUUCUUGCCUGUGAAGAGCUGUUCGGACCUGCUUCUUAUCAAGAGCGACAUCUAUUCGCUCCAGCACGGGCAACUCGUUAUUAACGAGAACCGGAUGUUCGAGACGACACCUGUCAUCAAGCUUGGAGACCACUUUAAGAAGAUCGCGCAGUUCCAGAAACGGUUCAAGAAGAUCCCGAAGAUCAUUGAGCUCGACCAUCUCACGGUGACCGGAGAUGUGUAUUUCGGACGCAAUGUUACGUUGCGGGGGACCGUCAUUAUUGUCGCGAACGAGGGACAGAGCAUUCAUGUCCCUGAUGGAUGUAUACUCGAGAACCGGCUGCUCUCCGGUAAUCUCAACAUGAUCGAGCUCUGA